UGUCGACUUUAGAGGCCAUGGAGGGCCCUCAUUAGGACAGCUGAAUUUGAUAAAUCUAUGGGGGCCCUUUGUCAUGUGGAAAGUAUUAAGAUGAUAUGACUUGUAAAAGUCUAAUAAAGUGUUCCUUAGUAUAAGUCUUAGCAGAUCUCAUGGUUUUCAAUAGUUAGUUAUUAUUGGCUGACUCUGACCUUUAGAUCUGUAAUGGUACUAUGCUUUACCAAGAACUGUGAUUGCCCCUUUUAGAAAAGCCCCUAUAUUUGGUGGUUAUUUGAUGCAUUAUUCUUGAUUUUGGGAUUGUGAGUUUUCCAGUAGUAAAGGUAGUGGAAUACUGUAUUCUUAGUUGUGACUCUAUUCUAUUCUGUUCUAUUCCACUUAAGUAUUCAUGCUGCAACAUUUACUUUCUGAUUGAUGCUGCUCAAAAGAAGCUAGGAUUGUAAGUAAUCGAUACAAAGUUACACCAUGAAGCACAAUAAAGAUAAAGAUGGAAAACCAUAUCCACCAAGUAAAAAUUCAUGGAAAGUUCAAGUGGCACUAAUGGUUGUGGUGCUCUGUGGGUUAUCAUUCUAUCUUGGAGGAAUAUUUUGCUCUGAAAAGGAGACAUAUGUGGCUAAGGAGGUUAACAGGGAAGAUGAAACUCCUAGUGAGAAUGCUAAUGGUCCUGUACAAACCAAAGCCGUUUCCUUUACUGAAUGCAGUGCUGAUUAUCAAGACUAUACCCCAUGCACAGAUCCAAGGAGAUGGAAGAAGUACGGUCUUCAUCGCCUUACUUUCAUGGAACGACAUUGCCCUCCUAAUUUUGAAAGGAAGGAAUGCUUGGUCCCCCCACCAGAUGGCUAUAAAGUGCCAAUUAGAUGGCCAAAGAGCAAAAAUGAAUGUUGGUACAGGAAUGUUCCGUAUGAUUGGAUUAACAAACAAAAGUCCAAUCAACAUUGGCUCGUAAAAGAAGGGGAGAAGUUCAUCUUUCCUGGUGGUGGCACUAUGUUCCCCAAUGGUGUUGGGAAAUAUGUUGAUCUGAUGGAAGAUUUGAUUCCACAAAUGAAAGAUGGCACCAUCCGGACUGCCAUUGAUACUGGUUGUGGGGUGGCAAGUUGGGGAGGCGAUUUGCUAGAACGUGGAAUUCUGACAGUAUCUCUUGCCCCAAGAGAUAAUCAUGAAGCUCAAGUUCAGUUUGCUCUGGAACGUGGAAUUCCUGCAGUUCUGGGCAUUAUUUCUACUCAGCGUCUUCCUUUCCCUUCAAACUCUUUUGAUAUGGCUCAUUGCUCGAGAUGCCUUAUUCCAUGGACUGAAUUCGGUGGAGUUUACCUUCUUGAAGUACAUCGUAUAUUGCGGCCUGGAGGUUUCUGGGUCCUUUCUGGUCCACCAGUGAACUAUGAGAACCGUUGGAGAGGAUGGAAUACCACCAUUGAGGAGCAGAGAUCAGAUUACGAGAAGUUGCAAGAUUUGCUAACUUCAAUGUGCUUCAAACUAUUCAACAAGAAGGACGACAUUGCCGUGUGGCAGAAAUUGACGGACAAUAGCUGCUAUAAGAAACUUGAUAACCCUGACAACUACCCACCAAAAUGCGAUGAUGGUACUGAACCUGAUUCCGCAUGGUACACUCCUCUAAGACCUUGUGUGGUCGUGCCAAAUCCAGCUACUAAGAAACUUAAGUUGAAUGCCCUAGCCAAAUGGCCAGAAAGGUUGCAUGUCGCACCAGAACGUGUUUCUGAUGUUCGUGGAGGUAGCGAGGGUGCCUUCAAGCACGAUGAUAGUAAGUGGAAGGUGCGUGCGAAGCACUACAAGAAGUUGCUCCCUGCUAUUGGAACUGAAAAGAUCAGGAAUGUGAUGGACAUGAACACCUUGUACGGAGGUUUCGCUGCUGCUCUGGUUGAGGAUCCACUUUGGGUCAUGAAUGUGGUUUCCUCUUAUGCUGCAAAUACACUUCCCGUGGUCUACGACAGAGGUCUUAUCGGGACGUAUCAUGACUGGUGCGAGGCCUUUUCAACCUAUCCUCGAACAUACGAUCUCCUUCAUCUUGACAAUCUCUUCACUGCUGAAAGUCAUCGAUGUGAAAUGAAGUACGUUCUGUUGGAAAUGGAUCGUAUUUUGAGGCCCAAUGGGUAUGCAAUUAUCCGGGAAUCCAGUUACUUCAUAGAUGCUGUUGCCAUGAUGGCUAAGGGCAUGAGAUGGAGCUGUCGUAAAGAAGACACGGAAUAUGGCGUACAGAACGAGAAGCUAUUGAUUUGCCAAAAGAAGCUUUGGUAUUCAAAAGAGAGUUCAUGAUAAACAUGGUAAACUAUGCAAGUUCUGAUUAAAUACCAGCCCAUAGGAGAAAAACUCCAGAGAAUUAUUUUUUCUAUAGAUUAUAAGAAAAUUGAGAUUUUGAAUUGAAGAAUUUAGUCCAAAAAAAUAACCAUGCCUGUGCUAGUCUUUUAGUUCCAUUUCAUGCUAUAAUAUUCUUUGUAACGUUCAAGUCUUGCCCUUGUUGGUUGUAUUCCAUCUUUCUUCCUUUCCCUUCUUAGAGCUGUUGAAAAGUGACAACACCACAGCCUCCUUAUUUAUGUAUCUAAUUAAUCUGUUCCAUUGUCAAGUUUUCAUGAAUGAAAUGGUUAACAUUCAAACA